AUGGCCGACCCCAACAAAGGCACCAAAAUCACCCUCUACUGGCUCUCCCAAUCCCGCUCCCACCGCAUCCUCUGGCUUCUCGAAGCCCUGCACCUAACCUACGAGCUGAAGAUCUACCACCGCGGACCCGACAAGCUCGCACCCCCCGAACUAAAAGAGAUCCAUCCGCUAGGAAAGUCUCCUUUGUUAACAAUCCAACCCGCCAACGCCCCUCCAGACCAGAAGCCCAUCGUGCUCGCCGAGUCCGGCAUCAUCAUCGAGUACCUGCUCGACCACUUCGGCGACAACGCAGCAGAGAAACCUCUCCUCCCUGCUCGAUGGAAACCCAACCAGGAGGGUGUAGUGGGCGGUGAAACCGAGGAAUGGAUGCGCUAUCGCUACUUCAUGCACUAUGCUGAGGGAAGUCUCAUGCCGUUUUUGGUGAUGCAGUUGGUUAUGGAUACGGUGAAAAACCCCCCCGGCAUGCCCUUCUUCGUCAAGCCGCUUCCGCGCCUUGUGGCGGGCCAGGUGGAAAAGGCUUUCCUGGCGAGGAAUAUUCAGUCGCAUUUGGAGUUCUUGGAGGAUCAGCUGCGGAGUAGUCCUAAUGGAGGUGCGUAUCUGUGCGGGACGGAGUUGACGGCCGCGGAUAUUAUGAUGAGCUUCCCCGUGAUUGCUAUGUCGGGGAGGUUGCAGGACCAGUUGGAUAAGUUUCCGCUGUUGGCGAAGUAUGCGGAGAGGUUGCAGAAGGAGGAGGGGUAUAUUAGGGCUGUGAAGAAGGUGGAGGAGGUGGAUGGGAAGUUUGAGGCUUCUCUGUAA